UACCCGACUCGGGCCGAGUCGCUGAAAGUCCUGCAAGAGAUCUCCCUCUCGCUUUCCCAAGGCGAAAGCGCCGCCAUCCUGGGCCCCAGCGGCUGUGGCAAAAGCACGCUGCUUUACUGCAUCGGUACGCUCGAAGCCCCCACGUCUGGAAGCGUUACCCUCGACGGCCAAGAUCCUUUCGCCCUAAGCGAAACCGAACUGGCCCGCUUUCGUAGCGAGAACAUCGGUUUCAUCUUUCAAGAUCACCACUUGUUGCCGCAGCUUUCCGUGCUGGAAAACGUCCUCGUUCCGACGCUCGCCGUAGGCAAAUCGACACCCCAGCAGAUCGAGCGAGCCAAGAUGCUGAUCGACCGUGUCGGGCUAUCGCAGCGGAUCGAACAUCGUUCGGCCGAACUCUCCGGCGGCGAACGACAACGCGUUGCCGUCGCGCGCAGCUUGAUCCACCAACCCAAGCUUCUGCUGGCCGACGAACCGACCGGCAACCUCGACAAAACGAACGCCGAGUCGGUUGGCAAUCUGCUGUUGGAACUGCAAAAAGAGGAAGGGUCGAUUCUGAUUGUUGUGACGCACAGUCAGGAACUCGCGACCAUCUUCCAGCAGCAGUUCCAGCUGGACGACGGCAAACUGCAAGGCCAACCGCCGGAGGUCCUCACCAUGAAUCGUUGGCGUUUGGUCCUGCGAAGUGCUCAGCAGUUUUGGCAAACCAACUUGGCCGUGCUGUUGGGUGUUGCCGCGGCAACGGCCGUCCUGACAGGCGCACUGAUCAUCGGCGACUCGGUCCGCGGUAGUCUCCGCGACUUGGCCCUGUCCCGCUUAGGAUCGAUUCAGGAAAUCUUGUUGGCCGAUCGUUUCUUUCGUCCGAAUGUUGCCGAGCAGAUCGCUCAGCAAAACGAAAACACGACGACCGUUCCCAUUGUGCUGAUGCAAGGGACGCUGCAAACCAUCGGUGGCAGCCCCGACGAUCCGACCAGAGUGGCCGGCAACUUGGCCGUGCUUGGUAUUGAGGAAACUUUCUGGCAACUAGGAGACGUUCCUGGCUGGACACCCACGCCAAUUGGCGACGAAGAGAUCAUCCUCAACCAGCCUCUCGCCGACGAACUCGAAACGCAAAGCUUGCCACGGCUGACGGUGAAAGCGAUCAUCCCAGCCGAAGGACUCGGUCGAUUCGGAAUGCACCCCACGCAGCAGUUGCCGAUGAAUGCCUACGCAUCCAAAGCGGCCCUGCAAGAUGCGUUAGAACAAGACGACCGCGUCAACGCCGUGCUGGUCAGUCACCCAGAGGGCCAGACGCUCGACCUGAGUAAACUCUUUCUGACGCUGGCGGACUACAACUUCGAGCUGACCCAAGUCGAACAAACGUUCCAGCCAGAUGAUGGCCAGCAGCAGACGAUCUUCGAUUAUUGGCAACUCACCUCCAGCCGGAUGAUCUUCAGCAACACGGCCGCUGAUGCCGUCGAAAAAGACUUUCGAGGAGACGCGCACCCGACGUUUACUUACCUGGCCACGUCGAUCGGCAAAGGGGAAUUGCCCUCUGGUGACGAUACCGAUGCCAUUCCCUACUCGACCGUCACGGCGCUGCAAGCGAGCGAUCUCGAUUACCCACUGCUCGAUCUCGACGGCAAUCGCAUCGACCAGAUUGGCCCCGACGAGGUGGUGCUGAACUCUUGGACCGCCAAUCAACUUGAUGCCAAAGUCGGCGAUACGAUCUACCUGAAAUACUUCGAGCCGGAAAGCUCGCAUGGCGAAGCGAAAGAGACCGGGCAAACGUUUCGGCUGGUCGCGAUCACGCCCCUAACCGAGCCGGACCAACCUUUCCGGCGGCGGCGUCCUCCAGUGUUCGAGACCGCACCUACGACGGCGAACGAUCCCGAUUACACGCCGGUCGUGGAAGGGAUUACCGAUCAAGAUUCGAUUGACGACUGGGAUCC